AUGGCCGCCUUCAAAUUGGUAUUCCUUGUUGUUGCAUUGGGUUGCCUGUCACAGGGUAAUGCUAUUGAUUUGAAGAAGCUCCUCGGCGUCAAUACCACACCGGCUCCCGUAAUCACGUCACCAUCCGUGCCAUCCACUUACACCAUCACGGUUAGUCCAACAGGAACUUCGCCUACCACGACAACAACUACACCAACUUCACCGACAACAACAUCACCGACUACAUCACCGACUACAUCACCGACAACAACAGGAACGGGCACGACAACAGCAUCACGUUCCUUGGAUGAUGGCGCACGUAGACGCAGACGUGGCGGUCGUCGGCGAUCGCGCCGUGGUCGUGCUGGCCGGCGUGGUCGCAGACGUGGUAGACGUGGCCGUCGUGGUUCUAGAAGACGCAACAGACGUCUCCGCGGUUAA